AUGCUUGAAAUAUGUUGUUUACAUGGUGCUGUUAAUUGUUUCAAAUUUUGUUUAUCUGAAUUCAAGUUCGAAAUAACACAAUAUUGCAUUAAUUUUGCUUUUUUGAGUGGAAAUCCUGAUAUUUUGAAUAUAUGUUUGAAAGAAUUGGAUGAUAACAGUGAUAUUGAUUUAGAGUCAUGCAUGAAAUAUGCCAUUAUUUCUCAUAACGUUGAUUUUGUUUCUUAUUUAGUAACCGAAAGAGAUCUCGAUGUUGAUAUUGAUAUGUGUUUAAAAUACAAAAACCUUCAAGCAUUUUUAAUAUAUUUUGAUCAAAAUAAUUCAAUUGAAAAAAUAAACUUAGAUAAAAUCAGAAAAUACACAUGCAUAACUCCAUUAUUUAGAAUACCAUCUUUAGUUGAAUAUUUCAUUUCUAAUGGAGGAAAUAUUGAUUCAAAAUACGAACAAGAUCGAAGUAUUCUUCAUUAUGCUAUAAUGAAUAAUUGGAAUGAACUUGCAGAAAUUCUUAUUGCUGAUGGUGCAAAUGUUAAUACAAGAGACAAAGAAGAUUGCACUCCUUUACAUUAUGCAGCUGAAAAGGGGUGUAUUGAAAUUAUAAAAUAUUUAGUUUCAAAAGGUGCAAAUAUAAAUGCUGAUGAUAAAAAUAAAAGAACUCCACUUCAUUAUGCUGCAAUGCAAAAAUCUUUUGAAACAAUUAAAAUUCUUCUAGAAAAAGGUUCUGAUAUUAAUGCAAAGGAUGUUAAUGGAUUCACUCCAUUACUUUUAGCAAUAAAAAAUAAUAAAUUCGAAAUUGCUAAAAUACUUAUUCAGAAUGUGGCAAAUCCAAAUGUUAUUAAUAAUAAUGGAGAAACAUCUCUUCAGAUAGCUGCAACUCACGGAGGAAGAGAAAUCAUUGAACUUCUUCUUUCUCAAGGAUGCAUUAUCAAUGAAAGUGAAUAUUUAAUUCAUUGGGCAGCAACAAAUAAAAAUAUUGGAACACUAGAUUUUGUUCUAAGUCUUCAUAAUAAUGUUAAUGUAAGAAAUUCUGAAAAUAAAACUCCACUCCAUUUUGCAGCACAAAAUGGAUCUAUAGAAAAUAAUAGAACACUUAUUUUUCAUGGUGCAGAUAUUGAAGCGCAUGAUAAUAAAGGGAACACUCCUCUUCAUCUGGCAGUAGAAAAUGAAGAUGUUGCAAAAUUUCUGAUUGAAAAUGGAGCAAAUAUUAAUUCUGUCAAUGAAAAUGGUCAAACACCUCUAAUAUAUUCUGACUUCCGAUGCACAAUUAAUUUUUUAAAAUAUUAUAUAUCUAAAGGUGUUGAUGUUAAUCAAAAAGAUUUUAAAGGGAAAACACUUUUACAUUAUGCAGCUGCAGGAAAAUUUUACGAAAUAAUAAAAACUCUUAUUUCACUUGGCGCUGACAUUAAUGCAAAAGAUAACGAUGGAAAUACACCACUUCAUUGUAGUGUUAAAAAGAUGCAUGUGAAAACUGCUGAUUUUCUUAUUUGUAAUUUUGCAGAUAUAAAUGCAAGGAAUAAUAAAGGACGAACACCAUUGCAUAUUGCUUCUAUGUAUAAAAAUUAUCAACUUAUAGAAUUACUGAAAUUGCGCAAUGCAGAUGAGAGUAUAAUAGAUAAUAAUGGAAAAACUGCAGAUGAUUAUUCAAUUAUCUAUAAAGAUACUAUUUUGACUGAUUCUCUGCUUGAAAAUGGUGAAUGUAGAAUUACCUGA